AUGGCUGCUCAGUGGGCCCAAGAGGAUUCCAAUCCCGCUAGGCCUCACGCGUUACUAUCUGACGCAUCUCGAGAUCCUCGGCGUAUAUCCCGCAAUGGGCCCCUGCCGCAGAAUCAGCCCCCUACUCAGGAUGUACAAGACACUGUGCAAGUCCUUAGGCAGCUUACGACUGAGAUGGGCGAACUCACUCAUAUGACAAGCACAAGGGAUCGUGCUAUAAGAAAACGUAAAGCUGAGGAUCUGGCUCUCAAGAAAGCCAAAGAACGGGCAUUUAACUACCCAUCUUUACUACAAAGCUUGGGUUCGAGGAGAAAUGAUCGAGAUAAAGAGCUGAAAAGUAUUGAAGACCGGCUUAACACGCACACCGCGAAUAAAGAGAAGAUUAUUCUUACCUUAGCAAAUAUAAUCCACACGCCCCCUAGUCAGGGAUCGCGGCGGGUUCAAGUAACGAAGGAUCUUCAGAAAAUAGAAGACGAAAUGCAUCUCAUAAGGAAGGAGUAUGAAUCGGAUAUCUCCACUGUGUUUACACGCCUUGAUACCCUGUUUCAGAGGAAUAUUGAUUUCAGAAAUGAUAUGAUUGAUUUCUCGGACUCCAUAAAAGAGAUCAAAAAUGGCCCUUCAAACAAUAGGUUACACUCAGCUCAGGAUGAUACUGACCGAAGGCUCAGGAUGCUUUCUGAUACCGUCAACACCCUCAAAUGUACCUUAAUAAAGGAAAACUGUAGCGGAGACAACACUUGGGAAUCUUUGAACCAGAAAAUCAAGGACAUCACAGAAAGUCUAGCCGCAACUAAAGCUGAACAACAGAAUUAUUCAAAACGAGCCGAAAAAAAUCUCCAGUCCGCUACUGAAUCUCUCGCGGAUAAGACUAGUGCAAUGGUUGAUGCCUCCAAGAAUCUGGCUUUGCGCAUGAACGAAGGGUUUGAAAACAAAAUUUCCAACUUGACGAGAACUGUCGAUGAUUUGGUAAUGGAGAAAAUACCGGCUCUCCAAACUCAGGUCAAUGAAAAAUUUAAAGUCAUUGUCGAAAAACAAUCUGAACUUACCAGCGUGUCAUCACCAUCAACACCCGUCUCUAAGAGCAUGAUGGAAAGCAUGAUGGAAGACAUGCGCAAUCUGUCAGAACAAAUAAGGAACUUUCAAAAGAUUCAAGAAGGCAAGAAUGAAACUCUGUCAAAGGCCGUCGACGAGGCCUCCCAGGCAGCGUCUAACGUCCAAGGUGCUAUUGGUAAAUUAAACCAGGACCUCGUUGACUUACACAAGGCUGUUGCAUCCGUUGAUAUCCAGGCUAUCAAUCAGAGAUUUGCCCAAUUUAACAACCAAUGUGGAAGUAGCAUAAAUUCUCUUCACAGCCAGCUUGCAGCUACUCAUUCAGCAGUCCACUCCUUAGAAUCUCGAUAUAGCCAAAUAAUCACAGAACCAAUCGUCCGUCAAAUGAUAUUACGCAUGCAAGAUAUGUACCCCCAUGCAAGCAGAGUCCAAUCCGAGAUUGAGCGUUUACUUAAAACCGUAGGUGAGCAUCUUACGCACAUUACCUCCCACAGGGCCAAGAUUACUGCUUUGGAAGAAGCCCAGGGACAUACAAAAACAGCCAACGAAUCCCUCAUCGCGUUUCUUCAUACCGAGAAGAACGAAAUAACUGGAAAAAUGAAAAAUAUCCAGUCAAAAGUAGACGAAUUAGAGGAGAACGUUCUGCAAACCCUUGCCGAGCAUGGGGCGGACCUUAGGGGCACUAUGGAAGAUGUCAAGGAGAUGAAAGCUCAAGCUCAGCCCAUAACUGCAGAAAGGCCUUUCCCGUCUGUUCAGCGGUUUCAAACGCCUACCGAGACGACUGUAAACCCUACGUCCUCUGGAGAGCAGGAUAUACAGUCUUAUAGCCUGCCGACAACUCAAACGAAUUCGGAUCAACAUAGACACAAAAAAAGGAAGCUGGAGGAAGAGACACCCAGCAGUUUUGAGCCUAGCAACGAAGGUCAAGGGGGUAGAUGA